GAACAUAUACCUCGGUAAAUUGCGUUGAAACCAGCAUUGACUUGAACUGCAAUGGCUACCGGAAAGACAGAGAAGGCACGUCGUCAAAGACAGGGGGAUCUCAGAGAUGGUAACCUCCGUGUCAAGGGUGAGAAUUUCUACAGAGAUGCAAAGAAGGUCAAACAUCUGAACAUGUAUAAAUCCGGAGGUGCAGUCCGUAAUGCUAAAGGUGAGGUCAUAAAAGCUGCCUAUUUACAAGACACGAAAACACCUACCGCCAGAGUUGAUCCAAACAGAAGGUGGUUUGGAAACACCAGAGUCAUUGCUCAAGAUGCAUUGUCUCACUUUAGAGAUGCAAUGGCCGACAAACAACACGACACUUACUCUGUGCUUUUGAAGAGAAAUAAGUUGCCAAUGUCUUUGCUAGACGAAAAGGAUGCCACCGAAUCUCCUAGUGCAAAAAUCUUAGAAACUGAGACUUACGCUAGUACGUUUGGUCCUAAGGCCCAGAGAAAGAAAUCCAACAUUGCAGCAUCCUCGUUAGAAGAAUUGGCUGAUAUCACCAGCAAGGAUAAUGAGAAAUUCGAAGAGGAGCAGAUAUUGAAACCAACUCUCGGGUUGAUGGGCGGAGUGGACACCGACGACUACACGGCCGAAGCCAAAGAAUACAUUUUCUCCAAGGGUCAGUCGAAGAGAAUCUGGAAUGAGUUGUACAAGGUCAUUGACUCUUCCGAUGUCAUUAUCCAUGUGUUGGAUGCAAGAGAUCCAUUAGGAACAAGGUGUACUUCAGUUGAACAAUAUGUCCAAAAGGAAUGUCCUCACAAGCAUUUGAUCUAUGUAUUGAACAAGUGUGAUUUAGUCCCAACGUGGGUUGCCGCUGCCUGGGUUAAACAUUUAUCCAAAGAUUACCCAACAUUGGCGUUCCACGCCUCGAUUACCAACUCCUUUGGUAAGGGUUCAUUAAUCCAGUUACUUCGACAAUUCUCAGUUCUUCACAAGGACAGAAAGCAAAUUUCCGUUGGGUUCAUUGGAUAUCCAAACACUGGUAAGUCCAGUAUCAUCAACACUUUGAGACGUAAGAAGGUCUGCCAGGUCGCUCCAAUUCCUGGUGAAACAAAGGUCUGGCAGUACAUCACAUUGAUGAAAAGAAUCUUUUUGAUUGACUGUCCAGGUAUUGUUCCACCGUCAACUAAGGACUCGCAGUCCGAUAUUUUAUUCAGAGGUGUGGUCAGAGUCGAACAUGUUUCCCACCCAGAACAGUACAUACCCGACCUACUAGCCAAGUGCCAGAGGAAGCAUUUGGAGAGAACGUACGAGAUAAGCGGUUGGAAGGACUCCGAGGACUUCAUAGAAAUCUUAGCCAGAAAGACAGGUAAGCUCCUUCGCGGUGCCGAACCAGACGAGACUGGUGUUGCAAGACAGGUCAUUCAGGACUUUAACCGUGGAAAGAUCCCUUGGUUUGUUCCUCCUCCUGAGGAUACUGAAGUCAGAACAGGCGAUGACAAGAAGGCCCACCACAAGAGAAAGAGAGCCGAAAGGGAAGCAGCUGCAUUGGCGGCUGAACAAGAAGAAUACAACGAUGAAGUUGAGGAUCUCGAAAAGGCUGAAGGUUCAGCUUCAGAAGAGGCCGAGGACGCCAAGGAAGAGGAACGUCCGACUAAGAAGGCCAAGGUGUGAUCUAGGUCCGACCCCAUUCCACCUCUCUUUCACUUCAUUUUCACUUCUGUCGCCGCUACAUUCGCAAUGUUCAACCUUUGCCGUUCUGUUUUGCUAAUCUUAUCUAUAUUAUAACAUGUAAAUUAUCUCUUUCAUAUUUACAGUAUCAAUUAACCCAUUCUUUCGACGCAUAUGAACCUACCCUCUAUCGUUAUCUCCUAUCUUGGCUUGAAGAUCACAGAUGCUUUUUUUGAUCGAUUGACCCAGCCAAAGUGUUGCAAAGACCGGAAUUGGUCAUUUUCAGGAAACACUGUGGUUCAGCAAUGGUCUAACAGCAA